AUGGCGCCUUUUGUUGAAGUCUGUAGGUAUAAACCUGUACCACUCUCAUUGAGCUCUCUCUGUACAUGUCCUUGCCGUUCCACUCCAAGAAAAUCUCUAAUUCUUCCCCAUCUCUCUGAAAACUAUUCGAAUUUGCGUCUCGUCGAUUCCAAAUCAUCGUCUCAUUCUCGCUUUACUGGGAUUUCUGUUAACCGGCGUGUUAUCACGGCCGUUGCUCGAGCUGAAUCAGGUCAGCUUGGUGAUGAUGAAAACUCAAAGGAGGAACAUGAAAGAGAUCAAGAACUGAAUAAUGUGGAAGAAGAUUCGAGUUUAGAUCAACAGAAGCAGAAAUCCAAAAGCCAGUUUAAGAAAAGAGUAAUUUUCGGUCUAGGAAUCGGAGUCUCUGUAGGAGGUGUCGUAUUAGCUGGAGGAUGGGUUUUCACGGCAGCGUUAGCAGCUGCGGUUCUUCUAAGUGCCCGAGAAUAUUUCGAGUUAGUGAGAAGUAAAGGAAUCGCUCAAGGAAUGACACCUCCUCCACGAUAUCUAUCUAGAGUCUGCUCUGUUAUAUGUGCUCUUAUGCCCAUACUUACUUUGUACUUUGGUCAUAUAGAUAUCUCGGUGACAUCAGCAUCAUUCGUUGUUGCAAUGGCGUUGUUGUUACAGAGAGGGAACCCACGUUUCUCUCAGCUGAGUAGUACUAUGUUUGGGCUGUUUUACUGUGGCUAUCUUCCUUGUUUUUGGGUUAAGCUACGUUGUGGCCUUACCGCUCCUGAAUUGGAAGAAGCUGGCCUGCUUUCCUCGGUGGUCAAGCACAUUGGACUGUUGGACUUGUGGCUAUACUGGUUUCCUUUUGCGGUAUUAUUGCCUCAGACACAUUUGCUUUUCUCGGUGGCAAGGUAUAUCUCUCUGAUGCACACAAUAGCUUUUGGGGUUCUUAACUUCUUCGGAUCAGUCUUCGGUGACUUAAUAGAGUCAAUGAUCAAACGAGAUGCGGGUGUCAAAGACUCCGGCUCACUCAUCCCUGGACACGGUGGAAUAUUGGACAGAGUUGAUAGUUACGUUUUCACUGGUGCAUUAGCCUACUCCUUCGUUAGACUUCAUGGAGUUUGA